ACAUUGUAUGAACAUAGAAAUGAAGUCUGGUUCGUGCAAUUCUCAAAUAGUGGGGAGUACCUUGCAUCUUCGUCCAGUGAUUGCACUGCUAUCGUUUGGAAGGUCAAAGAAGAUGACUCCUUGUCUCUGAAAUACACUCUGGAGGGCCACACAAAGCCAGUCUCCAUCAUAGCAUGGAGUCCAGAUGACUCGAUGCUACUCACAUGCGGCAACGAAGAACUCCUAAAACUGUGGGACGUCGUUACCGGAAAGUGCAAACACACAUUUAAUAGUUCCACGAAUCGUAUAAUCAAUUCUUGUGCUUGGUUUCCUGACUCCCUAAAAAUAGUAUGUGGCAGCAUUAAUCCCGAUAAUCGGAUAUUUACGUGUGAUCUCGAAGGCAAUGAGCUCGAAGUCUGGGAAGGGGAGAGAAUGCCGAAGAUAUCCGAUCUCGCUGUGACGCCUGACGGUCAUCUUCUAAUAAGCAUAUGCUCCAAUAGAGAAGUAUGGAUACGGGAGUUCCCAAGGGGGAGCAUUCCGGAGCAGCAUUCAAUCACAUCGCUUUCUCUUUCAAGGGAUGGAAGGUUUUUGAUCGUCAACUUGAAUAGUGAGGAGAUCCAUCUAUGGAAUGUUGUGGAUGUUUCGAGCACACCGGAUACGUUUAGAGGCCACAAGCAGAAGAAGUAUGUGAUACGGUCGUGUUUUGGUGGAUCAAAUUGCUUGUUCAUUGCCAGUGGAAGCGAGGAUUCACAGAUUUACAUUUGGCAGCGACACAACUCAAUGCCCAUACAAGUUCUGCGCGGCCAUUCCAUGACCGUGAAUUGCGUGAGUUGGAAUCCCAUGCGUCCUCAUAUGCUAGCUUCUGCAAGCGAUGACCGCACCAUCCGGAUAUGGAUGGCCAACAAAAGGCCGAGACAAAAAUGACUGAUUCUCUCAUAGGUAUGUUUCCAUUCUGUAAAUGUUUUGUAAUCAUGCAAUAUAGCUUCAUAAAAUGUUACAACUGCUGAAUGCAAAUCGUCAAAUGGCAAAAUUAUCAAAAUAGUCCCUAUAUUUUUCAGUCAUGUCCAUUUGAACCCGAGUUAUUUUUUUCAUGAACAGAAUACUUGAAAAUAUUAUGCAUUAAAAUGAACAGGCCUAAAAAGUCUAGGGUCCAUUUUGUAAAUUUUUUCGU